GCGGAGCCCGGAGGAGCCCGAGGCAGCGGCCGGGCAGGCGGAGAGCGAGCAGGACAAAGGCGGCCGCGAGUCCCGGGGCGGGCGUGCGUGCGCCCGGGCGGCCGCCGAGCGCCAGCCCCCGAGAGGCGGCCGCCGGGAUAUCGGGGCCAGCCUGCGGGACGUGCCCGGAGCGCCGCCCGCCCAAGACCGGAGGAGGAAUGCCCCGGGCCGGCUGCGACCGGAGGCGCGGGGCGGCCGCCCGCUGGUCCCGGGCGCUGCCGCUGCUCGUCCUGCACGGAGCGAUUCUGCUGGCCAGCCGAGGAGCGGCGCAAGAAACAGACGCGUCAGUGUCCGGGGCUGCUGAAUUAGUGCCUACCUCGUCCUGGAACAUUUCAAGUGAACUCGACAAAGAUUCCUUCUUGACCCUGGAUGAGCCAAUGAACAACAUCACCACAUCUCUGGGCCAGACUGCUGAAUUGCACUGCAAAGUCUCUGGAAACCCUCCCCCAACCAUCCGUUGGUUCAAAAACGAUGCCCCUGUGGUCCAAGAGCCCCGGAGGAUUUCCUUUCGAGCUACCAACUAUGGUUCUCGGUUGCGGAUACGGAAUCUGGAUACUACCGACACUGGUUACUUCCAGUGUGUUGCAAGCAACGGAAAAAAGGUUGUGUCCACCACUGGAGUCCUUUUUGUCAAGUUUGGUCCUCCGCCCACAGCAAGCCCUGGAUCUUCGGAUGAAUACGAAGAAGAUGGGUUCUGCCAGCCAUACCGAGGGAUCGCGUGUGCCAGAUUCAUUGGCAACCGCACCGUCUACAUGGAAUCUUUGCACAUGCAAGGGGAAAUAGAAAAUCAGAUUACAGCCGCCUUCACUAUGAUUGGCACAUCCAGUCACCUCUCUGAUAAGUGUUCCCAGUUCGCCAUCCCCUCCCUUUGUCACUACGCUUUCCCCUACUGCGAUGAGACCUCUUCGGUUCCGAAGCCGCGGGACCUGUGCCGGGACGAAUGUGAGAUCUUGGAGAAUGUCCUUUGUCAGACCGAGUACAUUUUCGCCAGAUCAAAUCCCAUGAUUCUGAUGAGGCUCAAGUUACCCAACUGUGAAGACCUCCCCCAGCCAGAGAGCCCAGAGGCUGCCAACUGUAUCCGAAUUGGGAUCCCCAUGGCUGACCCCAUCAAUAAAAAUCACAAGUGUUACAACAGCACGGGAGCAGAUUACCGCGGAACGGUCAGCGUGACGAAAUCCGGCCGGCAGUGCCAGCCAUGGAACAGUCAGUAUCCCCACACGCACACGUUCACGGCCGUCAGAUACCCUGAGCUGAAUGGGGGGCACUCCUACUGCCGCAACCCCGGGAAUCAGAAGGAAGCCCCAUGGUGCUUCACCUUAGAUGAAAACUUUAAGGCUGACCUGUGUGACAUCCCAGCAUGUGAUUCCAAGGAUCCCAAGGAGAAGAACAAGAUGGAGAUCCUGUACAUCCUGGUGCCCAGCGUGGCCAUCCCUCUGGCCAUCGCCUUGCUCUUCUUCUUCAUCUGUGUCUGUCGCAACAACCAGAAGCCCUCCUCACCUCCUGCCCAGAGGCAGCCGAAGCACGUCCGGGGUCAGAACGUGGAGAUGUCCAUGCUGUCCGCCUACAAGCCCAAGAGCAAAGCCAAAGAGCUGCCUCUGUCGGCCGUCCGUUUCAUGGAAGAAUUGGGCGAAUGCGCGUUCGGGAAAAUCUACAAGGGGCAUCUCUACCUCCCGGGAAUGGACCACGCUCAGCUGGUGGCCAUCAAAACCCUGAAGGACUUUAACAACCCGCAGCAGUGGGCAGAGUUCCAGCAGGAAGCCUCCCUCAUGGCGGAGCUCCACCACCCCAACAUCGUCUGCCUCCUCGGGGUGGUCACCCAGGAGCAGCCCGUGUGCAUGCUGUUUGAGUACACGAACCAGGGCGACCUGCACGAGUUCCUCAUCAUGAGGUCCCCGCACUCCGACGUGGGCUGCAGCAGCGACGAAGACGGGACGGUCAAGUCAAGCCUGGACCACGGGGACUUCCUGCACAUCGCCACCCAAAUCGCCGCGGGGAUGGAGUACCUGUCCGGCCACUUCUUCGUGCACAAGGAUCUGGCCGCUCGCAACAUCCUCAUCUGCGAGCAGCUGCACGUGAAGAUUUCGGACCUGGGGCUGUCCCGGGAGAUCUACUCGGCCGACUAUUACCGAGUGCAGAGCAAGUCUCUGCUGCCCAUCCGCUGGAUGCCCCCUGAAGCCAUCAUGUACGGCAAGUUCUCCUCCGACUCGGACAUCUGGUCCUUCGGCGUCGUCUUGUGGGAGAUUUUCAGCUUCGGCCUCCAGCCCUAUUACGGCUUCAGCAACCAGGAGGUGGUUGAGAUGGUCAGAAAGCGGCAGCUCCUGCCGUGCUCCGAAGACUGCCCUCCCAGGAUGUACAACCUGAUGACGGAAUGCUGGAACGAGGUUCCUUCCAGGAGACCGCGCUUCAAGGACAUCCACGUCCGACUCCGGUCCUGGGAAGGGAUCUCCAGUCACACCAGCUCCACCUCACCCUCCGGCGGCAAUGCCACCACCCAGACGACGUCCCUCAGCGCGAGCCCCAUCAGCAAUCUCAGUAACCCCAGAUAUCCCAACUACAUGUUUCCAGCGCAGGGGAUACCUCAGGGCCAGAUCGCUGGUUUCAUUGGUCCCCCUAUACCUCAAAACCAACGAUUCAUCCCCAUCAAUGGGUACCCGAUACCUCCCGGAUACGCUGCUUUUCCAGCAACCCACUACCAGCCCCAAGGCCCACCUAGAGUCAUUCAACACUGUCCCCCUCCCAAGAGCCGCUCGCCCAGUAGUGCUAGUGGCUCCACAAGCACUGGUCACGUGACUAGCUUGCCCUCUUCGGGAUCCAAUCAGGAGGCGAACAUCCCUUUGCUAUCCCAUGUGUCCCUCCCAAAUCAUCCGAGUGGAAUUGGCAUAACCGUUUUUGGAAACAAAUCUCAGAAACCUUAUAAGAUAGACUCAAAGCAACCAUCUUUACUAGGGGACUCAAAUAUUCACGGACACACUGAAUCAAUGAUUUCUGCAGAACUGUAAAACGCAAUGUUUGGGUUUGGUUUUGUUUUGUUUUUUAUAAAUAUGAUAUACAAUACAAACUAGAAAGCCGUAGAAAAGAUUUAUAUUCAAAUAUUUUAUUAAGGUAAGAUUUUUUGAUUGUUUAGCAGACAUUGCAACAAGUAUCUUCUGUGAAGUGUAACUGUGUGCUUAGCAGAAUGGGCAGAUAACAGACAGCAAAAAAAAAAAAUCAUUUAUUUACUCGACAAAAAUUAUUGAGCACCUAUCAUGUGCUAAGUGCUGGGAAUACGUAGACAAAAGUGAC